CAAUCACCGCUCGCCUCCUCCUCGCUUCAUCCCGGGGAGAUAUAACCCGGAGCUCAUCCACAAGCCUGUGGACGCCACUGGCACCAGCCCCAGACCACGGAUCCUCCUCCCCUGCAGCGAGCCAUGGCGUCCACCGCGCUCUCCACCGCCGCCAACCCCACCCAGCUCUGCCGGUCCCGCGCUUCGCUGGGCAAGCCGGUGAAGGGGCUGGGCUUCGGACGGGAGCGCGCCCUGCGGACCAUCACAUGCCAGGCGGCGAGCAGCAUCCCCGCCGACCGCGUCCCCGACAUGGAGAAGCGGAAGCUCUUGAACCUCCUCCUCCUCGGCGCCCUCUCGCUCCCCACCGUCGGCAUGGUCGUCCCCUACGGCGCCUUCUUCGUCCCCGGCGGCUCCGGGAACGCCGGCAGCGGGGCCUACGCCAAGGACAAGCUCGGCAACGACAUCAAGAUCGACGAGUGGCUCAAGACGCACGGCCCCAACGACCGCACACUGGCUCAGGGGCUCAAGGGUGAUCCUACGUACCUCGUCGUGGAGCAGGACAAGACGCUCGCCUCCUACGGGAUCAACGCCGUCUGCACCCACCUCGGCUGCGUCGUGCCGUGGAACACCGCCGAGAACAAGUUCCUCUGCCCCUGCCAUGGAUCGCAGUACAACAACCAGGGCAAGGUGGUCCGUGGACCGGCGCCUCUGUCCCUGGCCUUGGUCCACGUCGAUGUCGACGACGGCAAGGUCCUCUUCGUCCCGUGGGUCGAGACCGACUUCAGGACCGGCGAGGACCCGUGGUGGAAAGCAUAAGGGGCUCUGGCAGCUAUGCUCUCUUAUGUGAUCAACUCACAGCCUUGCAUUCCUGUGUUCUCAGAGGCAUUAUUACUAUAAAUCCACUUCCUUCUUGAUUCCGAAUUAUAUAUGUAAAGAAGAAUACCUGUUUGUCUGCGUAUAUAACUUUUGACCGCUGAACGAUCAGAACAUCCCCUGAACCCGGGCAUCUACAUUACAUUCUGAAGAAAUCAAGAUGUCCGACAGCAUACCCACAGCAUUUUUUGCUGCAAACAUAGUUGGUCUGUCUCUAUAAAUGAUACAAGUUCCUGA